CACGGAAUUCUGAAGACAAGCAAAGAUUACAACCACACCACAUACAUACACACAUACAUACAACACAUUCUUCACAAAGCAAACCCCCCAAGAAAUACAAAGGCAUUCAUAGCUUUUGUUUACAUGUCUUGGGGAGUAAUGGGAGAGCACAUGAUGGGAAUGUGGGGGGCCAUGGAAGACGGGUGGAGAAAGGGGCCUUGGACUGCUGAAGAAGACAGACUGCUCAUUCAGUAUGUCGAAUUGCAUGGUGAAGGGAGAUGGAACAAUGUGGCUAAGCUUGCUGGGCUGAAAAGGAAUGGCAAAAGCUGCAGAUUGAGAUGGGUAAAUUACUUGAGGCCAGACCUCAAGAGGGGCCAAAUAACUCCUCAUGAAGAGAGAAUAAUUCUUGAACUGCAUGCCAGAUGGGGAAACAGAUGGUCAACAAUUGCAAGAAGCCUUCCCGGAAGAACAGACAACGAAAUCAAGAACUACUGGAGGACUCACUUCAAGAAAAAGACAAAAUCCUCGUCCGACAGCCCUGAAAAGACACGGGCCCGACUACUCCGGAGGCAACAGUUUCAUUUGCAACAACAGCUGCAACAGCAGCAGCAGCAGCAGCAGCAACAACAACAACAACAUCAGCAAGAUCAAAUCAUAGACAUGACCAGGAUCAUGUCAUUGCUCGACGACAGUGAGAACAGAUCAGCGCCGGGUUUUGAGUAUCCAAGCGGAGCAGACGAGCACGGAGUACUUCUUCAUUCGAUGAUGAACGAGUACGCAGCUGUCGCGGAGGCCUCAAACGAGGGUAUUUUGUGGGACAGUUUGUGGAACUUGGAUGAUCUCCAUGGAAAUUACAUGACAGAAAGAGCUAAUUACCAGCACAAUUUAGCUGCAACUUUCUAUUGAGCUUCCAUUGAUAAGUUAGUACCACUUUUUGUAGUUUAAUUUCUCCUUAAAGUAAUGUGCUGCAUAAAACGUUGAGAACCAAAGAAGGUUUUCAAUGGGGAGAUAAUGAUAUUGUUGUAGAUUAAUUAAGCACUUUGGUCCACUUUAUGUUACCUUUUGAUCUGGUUAAACAAGAAGUGUUAAUCAGUAUUACAUAUAUUAAUGGAAGAAAUUUUGGCAAGGUGUAA